CACAUCAGCUCUCUCUGUGGCCCCUUGAUUUGCAUGUGUACAGCAGCAGCACCAAUACAACCCUGUAAUGAUUUAUAUGACAUGCAGCCACAGGGAGAAAGUUAAAGAGAAAUCCAGUGUGUGUGUGUGUGUGUUUAAUUACAGGUGAAUGCUGACUGAGAAGGGAGCGUGUAAACUGUGCUGUGAAUGGGGCACGCCUUCAGGGCCAAACCAGACCUGAAAAACCAGCUAGCGCUUUCAGUCUAGUGCUCUGAUAUGGGACGUCAAGUUUGCCUCUCUGCCAAGAGCUGAAACCAUCCUCACCAGCACAGACUCAUUGCAGGCGGCUUUGCGUUUUUGUUUUUCUGUCCACGGCAGGAGAAGUGUGGACUAUGUUCACUUCAGUUCACUGAAGGAGGAGGAGUGGACAGACUAAUAUUGUGGAGAGAGAGAGAAAAGAAGCUCCUGGACGAGGAACUGAUCGCACAGGAGAAGUCUGAAGAUGCAGAGGGCGAGCACAGUAUCUGUGACCCAGGCCACAACACAAAACACCACAGCCUUCACCAAAUCUAGAGAACAAAUCCUUACACAGAGCUCAGGAGCCAUGAUAGCUGUCAUCGUCAUUGGUAUAAUCAUCAUUCUCACAUUUUUGCUCAUAGUCCUCAAGACGUACAACAGGAGGACUCACGCAAAAAGGAUGCUGUCAGGAGGCUCCAGCAAACCAAGAAAGAAAGUGUCUUCAACCACCACAAAUACAAACCUGGCCAUGAGCAACGUGGGCACCAGCUCAGCUUCUGGAAGCUUCAUUCAGUCAAACGGAUCCUCUGAAAACGGCUUCCGAAUCCCUCGGGUCGACCUGGGAAACAUAGACCACAGUAAUGGAGAGCAUUUCAGCACCAACAGCGGCUCGACCAUCGUGACGAUACACGACAUGCCAUCAGUUGAUAACACAUAGCAGACGUUACCUGGUCCCACACAUUUGAAGAUAACACACCAACAUGAACAAAGGACCUAAGGAAAGUUUUAACUCCUGCCAUCCCUGUUUAGGAUCUCGUGGAACUUUGAGGAAAGUCCACUUUAAAAGAGCGUAUUUAUGAAGAACCUGAGGAAAACUACAGACCUGACAUGAUUAUGGUUUUAUUUUU